GCCCUUUUCUCUGACUCCCCCUCCUCCUCCUCUUCUCUUUCUCUCUUUCUCAUUCUUUCUCUUCCUCUUGUAUCCCCAACCCUCCUUCAUAAGCAAUUCGAGUUCAUUACUUCCCCUCCCCCCUUAAUCCCUCACAAAAUGGCCACCAACAUCACCUACCACUCCAGCGCACUCACCCACACGGAGCGCAGCUCCCUGCGCAAGCAACAAGGCCUCACGAUCUGGCUGACGGGGCUAUCGGCGAGCGGCAAGUCGACGCUAGCGGUGGAGCUGGAGCACCAGCUGCUGCGGGACCGGGGCGUGCACGCGUACCGGCUGGACGGCGACAACAUCCGGUUCGGGCUGAACAAGGACCUGGGGUUCAGCGAGGCGGACCGGAACGAAAACAUCCGGCGCAUUGCCGAGGUGGCCAAGCUGUUCGCCGACAGCGCCAGCAUCGCCAUCACCUCGUUCAUCUCGCCCUACCGCAAGGACCGCGACACCGCGCGCCAGCUACACGAGGUGCCCACCCCCGGUGAGGCCACCGGCCUGCCCUUCGUCGAGGUGUACGUCGAUGUCCCCGUCGAGGUCGCCGAGCAGCGCGACCCCAAGGGCCUGUACAAGAAGGCCCGCGAGGGCGUCAUCAAGGAGUUCACCGGCAUCAGCGCCCCCUACGAGGCGCCCCUCAAGCCUGAGGUUCACAUCCGGAACCACGAGGUCCCCGUCCAGGAGGCGGUUAAGCAGAUCAUUGAUUAUUUGGAUCAGCAGGGGUAUUUGCCUCCCAAGUCGGCUUAGAUUUUGCGUCGAUUCGGGAAGCAAAAGGAGGGGGGUUGAUCAGGGUUGAAGAUAGAAUUUGAUUUUAGAUUGUUGUUGUUUCGUAUCUUGCAUAGAGUGCAGAUGGACAUACUACAUACUACACCCAGACAGAGGAUGGGGCUGGAUUUGAUUCUGUAUAUAUUUUCCAAACUUUUGAGACAGCUUACCGAUCUGAACUCAACACGCAGGGCUCAAGCAUGCAUUCGACUCUAUGUACGCUAUACAUAUCCACAGGGAAACCAGAAAACAAGAAGG